AUGAUACUAAGAAGAAUUGUUUUAUUUAUACUUUUUAUUAAAGUUUCGAUUCUCCUUGCUGCUGAAGAAAAAUUUAAAAUCGUAUGUUACUUUGCAAAUUGGGCUUAUAAUCGUCCCAGUGGUGGUUCAAUGACACCAGAAGAUAUUGAUCCUUGUCUAUGUACACAUGUUAUCUAUGCAUUUUCUGAAAUGGAAAAUAAUCAAUUGAUACCAACUGAAAAACAUGAUUUAAAAGAUAAAAAUCAAGCAGGCUUUUUCGAACGAUUCAAUGCAUGGAAAAGCGUUAAUAAAAAUUUAAAAACUUUACUUGCUGUUGGUGGUUGGGAUAUGGGAAUGAAAGAUUUUGCCGGUAUCGUUAAAUCGGAAAAAACAAUGAAGAGUUUUGCAGAAUCAUCCGUUAAAUAUUUACGUAAACAUAAAUUCGAUGGUCUUGAUCUUGAUUUCGAAUAUCCUGGAGUUGACUGGAGAGAUAGUCCAAAAGAAGAUAAACAAAAAUUUACAAGAUUAUGUGAAGUUUUGUAUGAAACAUUUGAAAAAGAAGCUUCAAAAAGUGGAAAUGAACGACUUCUUUUAACUGCUGCUGUGGCAGCUGCUAAAAUUAAUAUUGAUAAAGCAUACGAAAUCGAUAAACUUGUUCCAGUUCUCGAUUGGUUCAAUCUAAUGACUUAUGAUUUUCACGGAUCAUGGGAUCAAAAUCGUGCACAUCAUUCAUCCCUGAAUAGUAAAGAUGAUGAAAAAGAUGAUACAAUGUAUAUUGAUUUUGCUGUUAAAUAUUUCCAAAAAUUGGGUAUGCCACCAAAUAAAAUGCUAUUGGGUUUAGGCACAUACGGACGAGGCGAUACACCAGCUAUGCCUUAUACAGGAUUUAAAGGCGAAAGUGGUUUUGUAGCCUAUUAUGAAAGUUGUAUUCAAAUUGUUUGUGAAAAAAUGAAAGAAACAUGGGAUGCUAAACAACUUGUACCAUAUAUUGCAGGUCCGUAUAAUCAACCUAAGGCAGGUGUAGAAAAUGUUCGAAGUAUGAAAUACAAGGCUAACUAUAUCAAACAGAAUAAUUUGGGUGGUGCUAUGAUUUGGACACUUGACAUGGAUGAUUUUCGUGGUCAAUUCUGUUGUCAAGGAAAAUUUCCAUUAAUAAAAACGAUUAAAGCUGUUCUACAUGGACAACUUAAAUUAUUACCAAAAGAAAAAAUUUGUUCAACUUGUCCAACUACUGAAUAUAAAAAUUUGAAAGCAAAUUCGAAUUAUCAACCGCCAACAACAACACCAACUGAGAAAACAACUAAAAAAGCAAAACUAUCCAAACGUGAUGCAGAAGGACCAACACCAGAAGAUGUGUGUGAAGAAUUAAAAGAUGGACAAUGGCCUGAUCCAUCGGAUUGUAAAAGUUAUUUCUUAUGUCGCGGUGUAGGCAGUCAAUGGGGCGAACAAAAACGUGAAAUGUGUUAUGCUGGCUCGUAUUUUGAUCCUAAUGAUAAAACAUGUAAAUGGGUUGGCGCUGAUAAGCUUAAUUGUGAAGAACUAGUUGAAGGUUAUGAAAAUCCAGUAUCCGGUUUAACAGUAGCUCCGGGACAAGAAGAAGAUGACAUUGAAGAUGAAGAUAUAACAGAUGAAAUGGGUAAAACAUCGAAAAAGAAAAUAUCCAAAUCGGCAACCUCAUUGUCAUCGGUGCCGUCACCAUCUUCUAACAAGCAAAUGUCAAUAUUAAGUCGAACAACAUCCGAAUUCGAUACAUGCGCACCAGAAAAAUCUGUUGAAUUCGAUCCAGUACAAGGUAAUACAUUAAUUCCUAUUUUUUGUCUAUCAUGA